UGCAGCCGACCAAUGUUGGCAGUGCAAUAAAGGCAUCAGACAAUUGAUUAUUGCGACGCAUGCCGAAGAGGGAGGAUAUUCAACAGAAAACUAGUUUGUGGCGUUGCGUUGCAGAAAAUAGGCAGCAACAACAAAUACAACAACAACGAGAACGGCAAUUUGUGUCCAGCAGUAACGGGAGUUGUUCUUGUCACACGAAAAAAAGUGUACCUUCAGGCAUCUCGAUAAUCCAGCAUGGCCGACCCCGAAAGGCAGAGCUUGAUCAACAAUGAUGAUUCGAUCAUGUACACGUCGUCAGCUGCCGUCGACGAGGGUGCCGAGAAUCCUGGCAGCAGCACAGCCGCAGCCCCAAAUGAGGAUGGCAAUGGGGCACCGACGGCAGUGCCUUGUAUUGGACCAGAUGAGCUGCCACCACCCUAUCAGCAGAGCAGCAACACUGGAGGUGUGCCAAUGGUCACCUGUCGGGUGUGUCAGCACAUGAUUGACAUCACCGCGAAGAGGGAGCAGCAUGUGGUCAAGUGCACCCAUUGCAAUGAGGCAACUCCCAUUAGGAAUGCUCCGCCGGGCAAGAAGUACGUACGUUGCCCAUGCAAUUGCCUGUUAAUCUGCAAGAGCUCGUCGCAGCGCAUCGCUUGUCCACGACCCAAUUGCAAGCGAAUCAUUAAUUUGGCCCCAAGUCCCGUCACCCCACCCGUGCCAACCAUGCCGGGCAUGUGUCGUGUCAUCUGUGGUCACUGUUCGGACACGUUUUUGUUCAACACCUAUCACAAUGCCCUGGCCCGCUGUCCACAUUGCAGAAAGGUCUCCUCGGUGGGUUCGCGCUUCGCCAACAGCCGCGGCCUUAUGUUUGCCAUUGUGGCGCUGCUGUUCCUUGUGGCGGGCAUUGCCGUGACCAUCGGCACAAUCUCGUAUGCAUCGGCUCACGGCGGCAUGUAUAUUCUCUAUGUGGCAUUGUUUGUAAUCGCGGCGAGCAUGUUGGCCCGAUCCGCGUACUAUUUCCGCCUUAAAGUGAGCGCCAUUGAUGGGCCCAUGUAAGAGUCGCGUUUGCGGUGAAAGAACAAAAGUGCAUUGUUUUAUUUUUAUAUAUGUAUAUACACAUAUAUAUAUUAUGCAUAUAUAUCAUUCCUUUUGAUAUUAAAUGUAACCCGCAAUCUAAACAAACAAACAAGCAGCCCAUAGCAGACGAAACAAUGAACAUUUCACCAGGAGGAGCACUUCACUUUCCCAGCCCCAAAAGGAGUCAUAAUGUUGAACAAAUAUAAUGAACAGCUAGCUAAAUUAUCUGAGAAGAAGAAAUCAGCCAGAAAAAUAUAAUGUGAUUUCCAAAAGCAUAUUUAGGACAUUAGGACGCGUAACUAACAAAAAACUAUUGAAUAUAUAGUAAAAGCGAAAUAUUUCCAAAGUAAAAGUCAAGUGCUAAAAGGGGAAAACCCACAAAGAGAACUAUAGGCAGUCAUUAGUUAGUAGAUCAUUGGGAAACACACACACAAAAAAUAUUUUAAAAUCUUAUAUCUCAAAUUUUUAAAGUUCUCGGUACUCAGUUUUUAAAGUGCUACUUCGCUUUUAGUAAAACUUCUCAUUCGUUUUCUUUGGUGUACAGUUGUGUUAAUUGAUUGUAAAUUUGUGUUUCUUGUUUUGUGCGUGUCCCCCCAGCAAUUACUUGUUUCGGUAUUUAUUCGCUAGAACUCAUAAAACACACGAAGCGCUUUGAUCUAUUUUGUGGCCUCCUCUUCUGCUAAGAAUUUAAUCAAAUGCACUUUUUCUCGGAAGCAAAGAGUUCUUUUUUGUUUGUUUUUAGGCAUUAAAGAUACUGCUAAUGAAGGUACAUACACCCACACACGCCCACAUUUAUAUACAUACAUAAUUAUAAUUAUAAUAAACGAAACAUAAAUCUUCUUGAAAAUACAAAAAACACAAAGAACAAGCAACGCAACGUGCAGCAACAACAAUUUAGACAGCAAAAUGCUAAACUGCGA